AUGGAUAAUGGAGAAAUGUCUCCCAUAACAGCAACUCUCCAUCACCUGUUAUCUAUACCUAGAUUUCUAGGAACGUUUCCUAUCAACCAGAACGGUGAAUUCGUUCCAUAUCGGCUAAUAUUUUUAUUUGCUACUUGCAUAGCAUACAUAUAUUUUUCGGAUGUAGGUCUAUUGAUUGACCUAAAUUUAUCUUCUCUGAUGUUUGUUACAAGUAUUUUACUGCCAAUUAUUCAUGUUGUGUGUUUAUACACUAAGAUCUAUCACAUGAAAGAGGUUUAUUCUAAAUUCAGUCAUAUUGGAAAAUAUUAUCGAAGCAUUGAUGUGGAAUAUGAUUUCAGUUACAAGUGGAAACAUAAAUACUUGAACUUACUUUUGAUUCUACAGGUUUUCGUAACUGGUGUUUACAUGUAUCCAAAUGAAGCUCGAAACUUCUUAAUACAAUUUAUGUGGACAUAUAUUAGUAUUUACAGCCUUUAUGAUCAGAUAUUCAGUUUUCUAGCUGUAACAGCCAAUUCGAUUGUGUAUUUAAAGUACAUCACAGAUAACAGGGAACUUCUUAAGAAGAAAGAGAUCCUGACAUAUCUUUGUAAGCCAUUAGAGAAAGUUUUCAGUUUGCAAAUACUUUGUAGCAUGGGGAUAACAUUUUUCUAUUGCAUGAUAUAUAUAUAUAUAACUUUUGAAUUCGGACCAAGAGUGAUAUAUGUGCCAGUCAUAACUUUAUUAGGCUUUCCACUCAUUAGAAUGAUCACAUCUGUCAACUACGUCAUGAUUGAAGCAAAGAAAAUUGAUAAAUUACUGUAUAGAAGAUUACUGGAUAAUCCUGAUGAUAAGAUGUUAGAGUUCCACAUGAUAGCGAAGAGAGACGUUACUUUUACUGCUUUAGGAUUUUUUCAAAUCAACAGCUCACUAAUUGGAUCGAUGAUCGCAGUUGGUACAACCUAUUUGGUCAUUCUCCUGCAGUAUGUAAAAUAGAAGAAAAUUAACAUCGUUAAUUCUUGAUAAUGUAUAGCUGCUAUAAGUGUUGGAUAUUACAGAGCUUAAAUAAAUCUUUAUUAUGAUUGAA